AAACCCAACAGCUCUUUUUUCUGAGGGAGGACUCGAAGGAUUAAAAGGCAGCAACUUCUGAGGUGAUUUGUCCCCUGAGUUAUGGAUGUUGGUGCAUUUACUUCAGGCCAGAUCACAGCUCAGAGGGAUCUAACUAGAAGCAGCAACCACCGGCUCUCCACUUGCCUUUUACCAGGUUUUACCCUUCCAGUAUGUUUCAUUUGAUAAGACAUUUUCCAGCGCCCAGAGUUUCAGUACAAUGUGCAAAUGGAUACUGACAAAUGGUGGCUCAGCCUUUUCCCACCUGCCUUGUUGCUGCUUGCUGCUGCUCUUCUUGGUGUCUUCUGUGCCUGUCACCUGCCAUGACCUCGGCCAGGACAUGCUGUCCCCGGAGGCCACCAACUCUUCUUCUUCAUCAUCAUCGUCCUUCCCCUCGUCCUUCUCCUCUCCUUCCAGUGCUGGGAGACACGUGCGGAGCUACAAUCACCUCCAAGGAGACGUGCGCAAGAGGAAGCUCUACUCUUACAACAAAUACUUUCUCAAGAUCGAGAAGAACGGCAAGGUCAGCGGCACCAAGAAGGAGAAUUGCCCCUUCAGUAUAUUGGAGAUAACAUCUGUAGAAAUUGGAGUUGUGGCAGUUAAGUCUGUUAAGAGCAACUAUUAUUUAGCCAUGAACAAGAAAGGAAAAGUCUACGGCUCUAAGGAGUUUAAUAGUGAUUGCAAACUGAAGGAAAGAAUAGAAGAAAAUGGGUAUAACACAUAUGCGUCCUUGAAUUGGAAGCACAAUGGAAGGCAGAUGUUUGUGGCCCUGAAUGGAAGGGGGGCCACAAAGAGAGGACAGAAAACAAGGAGGAAAAACACUUCAGCUCACUUUCUUCCAAUGGUAGUAAUGGCAUAGAUGAAGGAACUAUUUUAUUGAUGCAGCUGAACCAAAGGCUGUUAUGUCAAGAAUAUUUGGUAAUCCCCUUG